AUGGAAAAGUCGGAAUACAACAAUCAGGCCAUCCAGGAACAUCAUGGUGACCAUGUUGGAACGAGCGGUCAAGGCAUCGCGAUAACAAUGUCUGCGGACUCGAGAGAAAAAUGGCAGGCAGCAGGCCCGUGUGUGCCAGUCGAUGGGCAGCUCUCGAACCUCCCUCUCCCCUACCAGCCCACGAUUCCCAACCGCAGAGCAGGCAUGCUCCUCCCCGGGCGGUGGCACACACACUCUUUUAGCACUUUAGUAUAUCUUCUGGCCCUGAUCACAAGCUUCUGCAUCACCCCGGCGUCUGCCGUGUUGAUCGACUUCAACAACUGCCUGUCAGAGGCUUACCAGAACGGCGAGAGUGGCCAACCAAAGCAACUACAAUUCAUUCCCUUGUUUAUGGACGCUCGAUUCAACACUACGGACGCGAGGCAUACGUUACAAGUCGUAGUAUGGGGAAACGUUACGGGGUCAGGCCCGGAUAAUCUAGUAGUCAAUCUUCCUGCUUGGGACGACGACACAUACUGGCAGAGUAAUGCGACUAAUCUGGGUGGCAAGAUUAUCAGCAUUCCAGAUGAAGACUCCGCGAGCCCAAAGCUUACAACACUCUCUAAUAAGGUCGAGGUCUUAACUUACGAACCCUACAAUCACUCCGACGCUUUCUGCGAUGUUCUGGUGAACGCUACUUGCCCCCUUGCUCCGGCCUUCCAUGCAAAUGCGACCGAUCCCUUUCAUUUGAAUGCGAGCAAUUCGGCUUCCCUACCCUCUUUCAACUUUACGCACGAUUUCUACAGCAGCUACGCAUUCACGUCCUUCGCUACCACCCUCCUAAUCAAGUACGGAAACCAAGACGCUACUUCCAUUGGUUGUGUCUCUUCGAGUAUUACGCCAGAUCUAGGAAGUGCUCUCAGCGGCGUUCUUACCUUCCUCCCACUCGUGAUCCUCCUCUUCGUUGGGUUUGCGACUGCGUUCGGUGGGAUAUUCAGUCCUUGGGGCACUACAGACACAUUCCGUUGGACAACGAAUUAUGGACGAGAUGAAGAUCUUCUCCGUUUGGUUACUCCCGGGUUUGGAGACUGCUUGCAAUACAUCCAGUUCAUUGCUCUGACUGGGGGCCUGUCACUUAAUUAUCCCGGAUACUACCAACCUAUUGUCAGCAAGGUCUCCUGGUCCGCGCUCAUGUUCAACGCGAGUUUCGUUAGUAACGGAAAUGGAACGGACAGUCUGGUUGAUGGUAUAUAUGUUACACAUGGGAAAUAUGGCCUUGACCACCUGCGACAAUUGGUUGGCAUGAACGAAGUGACGGAUGUGUGGGCUGGAAUGGCUAUCUGGCUCCUAGUCAUCAUUGCGGCUGUGUUGGUUUUGAUUCAAGGUGGAUUCCUGUUGCGCUGGGUAUACCGACAUGUCAACAAAACCGCAGAAGAGGACCUAAGAGCGAAGAACCUGCCAUUUUCAGUGGGCAAUGUUAUUAGGAUCGUUUUCAACUACUUCCUACUGCCGAUAGUGGCUUUAUCCAUGUUCCAGUUGGUGGUAGCUGGGAAAUCGCCUGCGUUUGCGGUAGCAUUAGCGGUGGUGAUGCUAGUCCUGAUUCUUGUGUUUGGGGUAUGGUUGCUUUGGUUUAUUGGCAGAACAAGGCCCAAGUCCUAUCUCUUCGAUGACCUUCCAACUGUGCUCCUCUAUGGAUCUAUGUAUAACACCUACACCGACAAUGCCGCCUCUUUUGCCCUCGUUCCUGUCUUCGUUACUGUCAUUCGAGGAGUUGCUAUUGGGGCUGUGCAGCCGUCUGGUAUUGCACAAAUCGCACUCUUAGCGAUCUGCGAGGUCAUCUUCAUUCUAACAAUCCAUGCGUUCCGCCCAUUUCAUUCGCCCACGUCGAUGAACGCCUAUCACACUUUCUUCUCGGCUCUCAGACUUACUACAGUCUUUUUAAUGAUUUCAUUUGCUCCUUCCUUGGGUGUCACUGAUGGAUCGAAGGGCUGGAUUGGAUACGCGAUUCUUUUAAUGCACGCCGGUGUGUUGGUUUUCGGAUUCCUACUUAAUGCUAUACAAACAAUUGUUGAGGUUGGAGCUCGGAUGGCUGGCGCUGGAGGUGAUGAUAGUGGAGCAGCCAGGGGUGGACUGGUCAAAGUAUUCGGCAUGCGUCAACUGUCUCGGCGCCUGCCUCGUCGGGAUGGUGCGUCGAGACAGAGCCAGCUUUCCAGUGCUGCUAUGCUCAAUGGUGAUGAUGAGAGGAAAUCUUAUAUGAUGGAUGGUACCGGGAGACUCAGAAGUCAAUCUGCUGGUAGUACCGGCAUACUUCUGAACCGACAGAGUAGUAACCUCGACUCACUCGAUGCUUUUGGGGCAAUACCUCCGCAGCAACUUACCAAUACAGGAAGUUCAUAUACGCCAACUACUCCUGGCGAAGCCAGCACCUUCUCUUUCCUACCUUCGGCCGCGGCUCCAUCAGGACUAGGUCGAGACCGUGGCCCAAUUGGUGGAAUAGCUACAGCAGAAACAUCACAUCCAUACUAUUACCGACCGCCUAGGGCACGCAGGCCAACGUUAGAGGGAAAUCAAGACUCGCCCGGGGAUAGAAGUAGAGGCUCGUGGGCAAGUGCAGAUUGGGCGAAGAGAUGGAGUCAACCCGGAUCUGGUACGCCUGAUCAGCUUGAAGAGGGGCAAUCGAUUUCUGGAAGAGCCACUCCUAUACCCCCGCCCCAAGCAGUAGAUGGCAGUGACGAUCCCAGACGGUCACAGGCGGACUAUACCACCCGUGAAGUCGACUUCUAUUACGGCGUUCGUGGCCCGGCCCUCAAUGCCAAUGUGCCGAGUCGAAGGAUACGAACGGGUCCUGCAGAUCCUACUGGUCCUGCAGCUUCGGCCGCAGGCUGGAUAAAGGGCCUGUUUGGAGGAAAGACGAAGGAAAAGGGAAAGGGAUUUGAAGUUGUGAGAAGCUCACGGAUGCCACCAGGAAUGAAACGCCACGGAGAAGAAACACCCCCAGAAGGAGUUCCGGUUGCUACUGGAGGAGUUCGGAAUGGGCCAAUUGAUUCAGAUGAUGAGUCUGUUCAUGCUGGGCCAUCCCAGGCUGCAGCCCACGCGGAAGCUGUAGCAGAGGCCAACGAUUCGCAUGAAGAUGACAACCUCGUCAGCCCUCUCGAAUCAGAGGAUGAAGGUUCACAAAGCGACGAUGAUAGCUUUGAAGUGACUAGGAUAUCUGAUAUCCCACCAUCUAUCCCCGGGCUCCAACUUCCAGACGAGGGCAUCGAAUUACCGAGCAGAUUUCCCUCGAAAGCUACAUCAAAAGCAAGCUCAAGACGAGCCAUGGCGAGCAAUGUUCCUCUAGUACCUGGUCUGCCUGGUCAAAUAAGCAGAUCACCAACAGUGCCUCGGAAGAGCUCGAGGCGGAAAUCACAAAAUGUUGAUCUCACCCAACCCGGAGCAGAAUUUUUCCAUCAGAAAGGACAAUCAUCGCUCGACGCCCGCCUCCCCUUUGAGCGAACUACCUCCCACAACCGUCAAUCGACCAUAUCCUCAAAUUCGAGUAUGGUAACGCCUGAGACCGGAGAUCAUUCCCGUACCCCAUCUGGGGCACUCGGCCACUUCGGCGCUGAUUCCAGGGACGAUCGACCCACGAGUGUCGGCUACGUACAGCACCACAGCAUACAGACUGUUAAUCAGGUUGAUAAUCCAGAUUUCCUGGGUGCGUCAGCUGAAGUUGUCGACGGUGGACGGUAUAGUGGUGCUUCCUCUAUGGAGAAUCAACGGCAUUGA